UGGUUCCUGACUGCAUAGGACCAGUCAUCCUAGUCUAGCCAGUCAGAACUGGGCAGAGUGGCUGUAUCCAGAGUUUUCCUAUGGGAAGGAGUUAAGUCUUUAUAGGAAGGCAAAGACAACCCAGCACAGCCUGGCCUGGCGUAUACCAAAAGCUGAGAUGUGGAGUGACUCCUAACCAAGUUGUCAGAAAAAGCAGCAAAGCUGAGGAGUUACCUUCCAGUCCAUCCUGGUCCAGGCCACCUGCUUCUGUCUGCCCUCCUUUCGUUGGUCUCAGUCCAGCUCUGUGGAAGGCUAGCCUCAAGGACACAGACAGACUUCUUCCCUCUCCACCGGCCUCAGCAGCAGCUGCCUGUGAGGACGCCACAGCCUGAGUCCUGGGAGCUGCCAUCCAUCGUCGGCGGGAUGUCCAGCCAGGACCUGAGCAUCACUGCAAAACUCAUCAAUGGAGGUGUGGCAGGACUCGUGGGAGUGACCUGCGUGUUUCCCAUUGACCUUGCCAAGACCCGACUGCAGAACCAGCAGGGGAAAGAUGUGUAUAAAGGAAUGACAGAUUGCCUGAUGAAGACCGCACGUGCUGAGGGCUUCUUGGGCAUGUACCGAGGGGCUGCAGUAAACCUCACCCUGGUUACUCCAGAGAAGGCAAUCAAGCUGGCAGCCAAUGACUUCUUGCGGCAGCUGCUCAUGCAAGAUGGGACGCAGCAGAACCUGAAGAUGGAGAUGUUGGCCGGGUGUGGGGCUGGAAUAUGCCAGGUGGUGGUUACCUGUCCCAUGGAAAUGCUCAAGAUUCAGCUUCAGGAUGCUGGCCGCUUAGCUGUCGGUCAUCAGGGCUCCGCCUCAGCCGCGCCCACCUCCCGGCCCUACAGCACUGGCCCGGCUUCCACCCACAAGCGCCCAUCCGCUACCCUCAUUGCCAGGGAGCUGCUCCGCACUCAGGGCCUCUCUGGGCUCUACAGGGGCCUGGGUGCCACUUUUCUCAGAGACAUUCCCUUCUCCAUCAUCUAUUUCCCCUUGUUUGCGAACCUGAACCAGCUUGGGGUCAGCGAGCUCACCGGCAAGGCCCCCUUCAUGCACUCUUUCAUGGCAGGCUGUGCAGCCGGUUCUGUGGCCGCGGUGGCAGUCACCCCUCUGGACGUUCUGAAGACUCGAAUCCAGACCCUCAAGAAAGGCCUGGGCGAGGACACCUACAGUGGGGUCACUGACUGUGCCAGGAAACUCUGGACACAGGAGGGAGCAGCUGCCUUCAUGAAGGGAGCCGGCUGCCGGGCCCUGGUCAUAGCCCCCCUCUUCGGGAUCGCCCAGGGCACCUACUUCAUCGGCAUCGGAGAACGUAUCUUAAAGUGCUUUGAGUAGACUCAGGUGUGCCUCGCUCGCUGCCACCUCUGGUCCUACACUUGGGACUAGAAGCAUAAGAUGCCCACCCUGUCGUACAAGGUCUUUAACUUGUAGUGCUACCUCAGAAGUGACCCAUUUUACUAAGUGAGUAGAGCCCUCAUCUCCUUCUAUGAAACCUAGGCUGUGGUACAGCUUACCAGGGGCAUUUGGAAGCCCCAACUACCUGUCUAACAGCCUUGGUGUGUUAGGGCAGGCCCAGGCACAGUCAGGACAGAAGAGGGCUGUUCUACACUAACAUACCCACUGUAGGCAGGCGCAGUCAGGACGGGGCAGGCGCAGUCAGGACAGAAGAGGGCUGCUCUACGCUAACAUUCCCACUGUAGGCAGGCACAGCAGUUGUGACAUCUGAGGACUUAGUGUUAAUCCUAGCUAGCACUGAUGCUGUGACGACGGGAGUGCACCUGGGCUCCCGAGCAUCACUAAUGGUCAAAUGGACCCGAAUGAGCGGUCUAGCCACCUCACAGCUGUCCUGGCCAGAUGCCCACCCUGGUAUGGCCCUCCCAGGUCCCUCCUAGUGGGUGCUUGUGGGACGUGAUCAAUAAUAAAGCUGGGUAAAUCCUAAUCCUGUAAUCAGCACAGUGGAUAACUGACAAGCAGUAUCUCCUGAAGAACCACACUGUGGCUUCUGGGGCCCCACAAUUCACUGCAGUCUUCAACUAUUACCCAGGAGUGCAGUAGCUGGGGGCAUUUUCACACCUAACCUGAGUUUGUAUGAGUGUCUGUACGAGUACCCUGGGAGGUCCGCAGAGAGCACUGAAUCCCCUCAGGUUGCAAGCAGUAAACUGCCAGACACGGGCACUGAACUCAGGCCCUCUGGAAGUGGCAGGUGCUCAAAGACCCAGUCAUCUCUCUAGUUUCUUCUUCUUCUUCAUGACAGGUUUUCUCUGUAGCUUUGGAGCCUGUUUUGGAACUCACUUUGUAGACCAGGCUGGCCUCGAACUCACAGAUCUGUCUGCUUCUGCCUCCUAGAGUGCUGGGAUUGAAGGCUUGUGCCACCACUGUCCAGCUAACAAUCCUGUUUUAAGAACCAGGGCUGGAGACAGAGUUCUGUAAAUGGAGACUCUGCUUUUGUUUCCUGGCCACCCAGACCCGAAUCAUCACACAAACUGUAUUAAUUACAAAACUGGCCAAUGGUUUAGUCAUAGUCCUAGCUAGCUCUUACAUCUUAAAUAAAACCCAUUUCUAUUAUUAAUCUGUGUAUCGCUAUGAGGGGGUGGCCUACCGGUAAGGUUCUGGCAUCCUCCUUUGGCAGCUACAUAGCAUUUUCCCGACACUACCUUCUUUCCUCCUCUAUAUCUGCUUGGAUUUCCCACCUUGCUAUAUACUGCCCUGUCAUAGGCCAAAGCAGCUUCUUUAUUAACCAGUGGUAAUAAAAGAGAUUCAUAGCAUACAGAGGGGAAUCCCACAUCAUAGCUCAGUUAGUAGAGUGCUUAUGUAGCAUGCUCCCAAGUCAUGGGGUGCAUCCCCAGCACCUCGUAACCUGGACAUGGUGGCAUGCACUCAGGAGGUAGAGGCAGGAAGACAGGAAACUGAAGGGUGUCCUCUGCCAAUAAGCAAGUUCUAAGCCAGCCUGACCUGCAAAAACUACCAACAAAACCAAAACAUCAAAACGGAAAAGAACACGCAUUAGUCCCACCUAACUUAAAACUUGGUGGUGGUGGGGGGGGACAGAUGUGCAUGCAAAUAACCAUCUGACCGGCUUCCUUCUGUGAGAAACCCCACUGCGGGAUCGCAGACAGCUGUGCCUUCACCUAAGGGCAAAGGAAAGCAUGGGUGGUGGCCGGGAAAGGGCCUGCACUAAUACAAAGCUCCCUCCUCCAAAACGUGGGCUUUUUUUACUUUGUCCAAAUAAAGCUGCUUUGACAAAGACGCACAGACCAUAGGUUGGGGGGCAUGGCUGAGUGGUACAGCCUAUGUUUACCAU